CACAGUAAGAAUCAAUUCAAAAGAAAAUUGAUAAGAGGCAUAUCUCUAAUGGCGAACAAAAUCUCAAACUCUUCUCUUUUUCUUGUCUUUUUUAUCUUGGUUGCCAUGGUGGAAUUAACAAUGGGAGGAGGUAGGUGCUCAGAACUUGUGAGUAGAUGUGGUAGUUCAUUUCCAGAUUGUGACCAAACCUGUAAAUCCCAACAUAGCAGCACUAAUGGAAAAGGGUUUUGCAAUGACAACAUAUGCACAUGUUAUUAUGAUUGUGGGCCUCCCCUUCCCCCAGGCCCAGUUGUAAGGAAAUGCCUAGCUGAGAUUGGACCCUGCAGUGGUCAGUGCAAUUCAAACUGUGCAGGGAGAUUCAAAGGGGCUACAGGGACUUGUAAUGCUGCAUUUGGUAAUUUGUGCAUUUGUCAAUAUACCUGCUAAGAUAUUAUUUGGUAUAUUCUAAAUCAAGAUAAGAAUUAAUAAAGAUGAUUCUAUUUCAA